UGUGCGUCACGAGCUUGUGAUGAUACAGGCGUGGCAAAGCUUCACUGAAUAUAGCAAUGUGAGUUCCACACUAUUAUAUCCACUGUUGCCCCGUCCAAUGGACCUGUGUCAUAGACACCUGUGAUAGUGAGCAUUUUCCAUGUGAGAAAGAAGCAAAGAGAGCGAAGGAAAGAGGCUAUUAGGCAUACCUCUGCCCAUCCCCUGCAAGCUGAUGAAUCUGUCCAACAACGCACAGAAAUGUCCUGUAGCAGCCAUCAGAGAUUCCUCCUCUGCUUUUCCCAAUUUCUAGGUGCAGAGUCAGUUCAAGAAAUCAUGAGUACCAGUAGGAGUGACGAUCUCCAUUUUUGGUGGAAGAUCACUUCGUUUCUUCUUCUGCUGCACAGCUCCUUUGCUCUGAACUCAGAUGGGGUCUCCUUGCUUUCUCUCAAGUACAAUAUUCUCGGCGACCCUUUAUCAGUACUAGAGAGCUGGAACUACGACGAUGAGACGCCGUGUUCAUGGACGGGAGUCAUCUGUGCGGAAAUUGGAAACCCCGGCUCGCCGGACAUGUUUCGGGUCAUCAGCUUAGCGCUUCCGAACUCUCAGCUUCUGGGUUCCCUAUCCUCGGACUUGGGUAUGAUCGAACACCUUCGAUUUCUCGAUCUCUCCAACAAUUUCUUUAAUGGGUCUCUGCCGGCGUCUCUGUUCAACGCUUCGGAGCUUCAGGUGCUCUCUCUCGCCAGCAAUGCCCUCUCCGGCGAGUUGCCGGAGGCCAUAGGAAGGUUGACAAAUCUUUCGUUUCUCAAUCUUUCUGUGAAUGCUUUUGCUGGGAGACUCCCGGAGAGUCUGAUUGCUCCGCAGAAUCUAUCUACCGUUUCUUUGAGGAGCAAUCACUUCUCCGGUACUGUUCCGAGCGGAUUUAAUACGAUCCAGGUGUUGGAUUUGUCUUCAAAUUUGUUCAAUGGGUCUUUGCCUGGAGAUUUUGGUGGAGGGAGCUUGGUUUACUUGAAUCUCUCCUACAAUAAACUUUUCGGAAAGAUUCCUCCGGAAUUUGCACAAAUUCCGGCCAAUGCGACAAUCGAUAUUGCAUUCAACAACUUGACGGGUGAAAUCCCGCAAUCGGACGCAUUAUGGAAUCAGAAAAAGGAAUCUUUCACCGGAAAUAUUGAUUUGUGCGGGAAACCACUGAAAAUCCUCUGUUCAAUUCCUUCUUCCCACUCUACUCCUCCUAAUGCUUCCUUUCCUUCUUCCCCUGCAAUUGCAGCCAUUCCCAAAACGUUCGACACAAACACGGUGAAAAACUCUUCAACAACAUCAGAUGGGGCCCAAGAAGAAAAGCAGGCUGGGCUAAAACCAGGAACAAUAGCCGGAAUCGCCGUCGGAGAUUUAGCCGGUAUCUCAAUCCUCGCCAUUAUUUUCCUCUCUGUUUACCAAAUCAAAAGGAAAAAGCAAAAUCCAAGCGACAGUUCCGACACACCCACCUCAGAAAAGGGCCCGAAAGGAGACCACCCCUUACCAUCCACCGAUUCCAGAGGCCUCGGCGGAACGUGCUCGUGCCUAGCGAAGAACGGCGACGAGACAUCAGACGCAACCUGUUCCGACGCUGAAGGCAGAGAAGUAACCGGAAAGGAGAAUGGAGACGAGAGGGAGAAGGUUGAGAGAGGAGGGUCGCUGGUGAUGGUGGACGGAGAGAUGGGGCUGGAGAUGGAGAAUCUGUUGAAAGCCCGGGCGUACGUGUUGGGAGCGAGCGGGCGGAGCAUAGUUUACAAGGCGGUGCUGGAGGACGGGACAGCUCUGGCGGUUCGGAGAAUAGGGGAGAGUGGGGGGUUUGAGAUGAGGUUGAAGGAGUUCGAGAACCAGGUGAGGAUGAUUGCUAAACUGCGCCACCCCAAUCUGGUUCGCGUUCGAGGGUUUUACUGGGGAGACGAUGAGAAGCUCCUCAUCUCCGACUAUGUCUCCAAUGGCAGCUUGGCCACUGUUGGUAACAGGAAAAAUGGCUCCUCCCCCUACCAUCUUCCCCUAGAAGCCCGGUUCAAGAUAGCAAGAGGCAUAGCCAGGGCCCUCGCCCACAUCCACGACAAGAAACACGUCCAUGGCAAUCUCAAGCCCUCCAACGUCCUCCUCACCCACAACUUCGACCCCGUCAUCUCCGACUUCGGCCUGCACCGUCUUCUCCCCUCCCACCACCGCCAGAGCAGCAGCGGCGGCAGCCGCUCCACCGCCUCUGGAAAGGACUUUUUCAUCGCGGGCGACCAUCCCCAUUUCGCUGCCGGUGCCGACCAGGCUCCCGCCGGAUUUGUAUCUCCAUACGCCCCGCCGGAGUCGCUCAAGAACCUGCGGUCCAACUCCAAGUGGGACGUGUACUCCUUCGGGAUUUUACUGCUGGAGCUUCUCACCGGCCGGGCGUUCUCGGACCGGGAGGUGAGCCGGUGGAGCGCCGAACCGGCGGUGGACGAGAAGAACCGGGUUCUGUUGUUGGCCGACGGGGUGGUUAGGGCUGAGGUGGAGGGUGCCAGGGUGGACGCCUUGCUGGCAUGCUUUAGGCUGGGGUUCGAUUGCGCGGCCGUGGCCCCACAGAAGAGACCGUCUAUGAAGGAAGCACUCCAAGUGAUGGAGAGGGUCACGCAUUCUUAGUACUAAUGAUGGUGUAUGGGCCCACACAGAGAACCAAUUUGGGUUUAGGGUUUAAGGAGGGAGCGUCAUUGUCAAGGGAGAGAGUUGGGGAAUGUUCACAAGGAAGAGUGCAGUAUUGUUGAAGGGGCAAAUUAUAAGUAUUAAUAAAGGAGAUUGUGUACUUUUUAUUAGGCAAGGGAUGGUGAGGAUGUUUGGAAAUGGGAUGGCAGUGAGAUAUGCGAUUCAUUGAUUGCCAAAUGAUGCGUGGCCUUGAUUUUCUCCCCCUACCUUCUGCUCGAAUAUUUUAAGAAGUUAUCCGAGUAAUUUGAUGUACUAGUACUUUGGGUUAUGAGCUUGUGACCAUAUAAAAAUAUUAAAGAGAAGUUAUAUAAAGCUUACUAUUGUUUUCC